AGGAUCACUUGUUCUCCUUCAAUCACUGGAGAGGCUCGCGUCAGGGAGUGAAUUCAGCCACUCGGGUUUAAACUAGAUCAAGACUGCAUGACAGUAUGGUUGUCGGGUAGAACUGCGCCGAUGAAGCUACCGACCGAGAAGGAUGCCCUUAUCCUCGCCACUUGUGCGGCGUAUGGUGUACCUACCCAUAUCGGGACUAUGAUUCAUGGGCCGCUCACUUGAGCAACAUAUGAGUAUCCUGAGUUCACAUGGGUGACACUGGGUAGCGAUCAACAGAUACUCUGUUCACCUCAACUCAAGCACCAUGGGUAGAUUCGACGCACUUUCCAAGGCUAGGCAGGCCAAGCCAUGGCAAUCGAAGGCAGCCUUUGUGAACUUCGUCAAAGCUCCCGAGGGUGAGACUGCCAUCGGGGACGCCAGAUGGUCUAAUAAGGAUCUUGAGCCUACUCGAGAGGAGGACAGAACAUGGACAUGGUACAAUCUCCCGUUAUAUUGGUUCUCCAAUCAGUUCUCCUUAGUCGGUUGGAACACUGGAUCAGCUCUAGUCACCGUGGGCUUGACAUGGCAACAGUCCUUCGUUUCAGCAUGUAUCGGGUCAUUCCUCGCUGCUAUUGUUGUAGUUCUCAUGGCUCGCCCGGGUGUCAAAUAUCACAUCGGAUAUCCUGUUCUCGUUCGAUCUGUCAUGGGAAUGUAUGGUUCCUACUUCUUUAUCUUCAUUCGAGCUGUGGUAUGCAUCAUUUGGUACGGAAUCCAAACAUUCUAUGCCGGAAAUCUACUCUCCGUGAUGCUCCGUUGCAUCUUCGGUAGCUCCUGGAACAACUUCGAGAAUCAAUUAUCUGCCAGCGCAAAUGUCACUUCGAAACAACUUUUGACGUUUUUCAUGGCCUGGCUCAUGGAGUUCCCCUUCAUGUGGAUUCACCCAAAGAGUAUUCACUACAUUUUCACCGUCAAAGGUUUCGUCAUGCCUAUCGCGGCAUUCGCAGUCUUUGGGUGGUGCAUGACAAACGGAGGUGGACUCGGCUCCAUGGAUCUUGCUUCGGAAAAAGGACAGUUUUCAGCUUCAGUGACACCGCUAGGCUGGAGUAUCAUGGCUGGUAUUAAUACCAUCUUUGGUUCCCUAUCACCUAUGUUGGUCAAUCAGCCUGAUCUUUCUCGCUAUUGUAAAAAGCCUCGCGAUGCCGGAUCGAUCCAAGGUGUUAGCGUCUUCGUUGCCUCUGUCAUUGUCUUCUUCCUUGGAAUGGCGUCGACGACUUCCAUUCAGGCGGUAUGGGGCGUCGCUUACUGGAACGUCUGGGAUCUAUUCGGUGCCAUUCUCGAUCACCACUUUUCUGCUGGUGCUCGCGCCGGGGUCUUUUUCGCCGCUUUAUCAUUCUAUCUCGGUGUCUUCGCGACAAAUUUCGGCGCCAAUUCAAUUCCGUUUGGCUCUGACAUGACCGGUCUAUUUCCAAAGUGGCUCACGAUCCGCAGAGGACAGAUCCUGUGCGCAGUACUUGGUGUGGUUGUUCAGCCUUGGCAACUGAUGGCGAAUGCACAAGCUUUCCUCAGUUUCCUGGGAUCAUACAGCAUCUUUAUGGCACCCUUAUGCGCGGUCAUCAUUGUCGACUACUUCCUCGUGCGCAAAGGCAAUAUUCAUAUCCCCUCAUGCUACGUCGGUAACAAGAGCGGUUUAUACUGGUUCUGGUCUGGAGUCAAUUGGCUUGGUGCAGUAGCAUGGCUGUUGGGCACCACAAUGGGAAUCCCAGGCCUCAUUGGCCAGUACGAGCCCCAGAUCAUCAGUAACGCGGCGAAGUACAUGUACAUGAUGGGAUGGCUUCUAACGUUCUUCACUUCCGCUGUGGUCUACUACAUCGCCAGAUUCUUCGUCAAGCCUCGAAUCUUCCCUUCUGGUUUUGAGAGCACGCCGUUGAAGCGGGAAUGGCUGGCUAACGACGGUCGCGAAGGUUUCUUUGAUGGAGAAAGAGAAAAUGGAGAUAUAUAUUGUCCCUCGACACCACCAGUCAUGGAUGGGGAGGAACUGGAGGUGGGCGAGAAAUCAGCCAAGGCUAAUUUCUGA